CUGUUUCAGCAACGUGGUCAGCAGCCGCCGCCAUGCAACGGGGCGAAGGUGAACGACCCCAGCUCCGAGCGGCGUCAGGGCGGGCGUGUGAGGAAAGCGAGAGUGGGCGAAGGGAAGGGGAGCAAGCCGCACGGCGAGGUGGUGCUCUCUUUUGUUCCUGGUCCAAGGGCUGGCAUCGUCCUCCCCCUCCCCUCCACGCUGGCCGAGAGGCGGCCCGCCGGAGCCUGCGCGCCGGACUUUGCCCUGCAAGUGGCCGAGGCCGAGGACAUCCCGGGUCCGCGUCCGCGUCAGUCUCCCGCCCGCUCACGUGGUGCUCGGCUGCUCGACAUGGCUCCCCAGCUGCCCCAGCAGGGCGGGCCGCCGCCGCCCCCGCAGCACGGCAGCAGAGGCCGCCCCGCCCGCACGCACCCCGAGGAGGCCAAGACUCAGCUGGCCGCGCGCCGACCCAGGGCCGGCGAGACCCUCGCCGAGCUCGCCCAGGACCUGCUCCGGCUCACGAAGAUGGCGUACCCGCGGAUGGACAGCGCGUCGCAGGACGAGCUGGCGCGCGACCGGCUGCUCGUCGAGGUAGAGGACCCCGUCGCGAGGAAGCGCGCGCGGCUGGCGCAGCCCCCGAGCCUGGCCACGGCGCUGCGCGAGCUCACGGGGCACGACCCCGCCAACGCCACCACGCCCUCGGACACCACCAUCACCACCACGACGUCGCCGCCAGGCGAUGGGCGCUGCGGCUGCGGCGGGGAGGACGACGCGCACGGCCUCGCCGUCGCCGUCAAGGAGAACACGGAGGCCGUGCGCCAGCUCGUGGAGAAGAUGGCCAAGAGGGAGGAGCAGGAGGAGAAAGGUUGGGGUCUGGGCUGGGGCUGGCGCCUGUUCUGGUGAAUCACGGCUACUUAAAUGUAAGGACUCUCUUGAGCCGUGACAGGCAACAUGCUCCAAUAAUUGUCACGACCUGGUCACAACAAUGUAAGCAGUAGGACUUUGGCGGCUGAUAGUGGCGCAGCGCCACGCCGGCCGCGUGCACAGCGAGUGAGAGGCGCUCCGGUAAAUAUAGCGGCCGAAAGGAGUGUAUACGUGUUAUUGCACCGGCGGCUAUCACGGGCGAAGAGUUUGCCGGUGAGUUUACUCGACUCUGCUGCUAUCUAAAGCGCAGCAGCGGUGCUGCCGGGAGAGCGAGCCGCCCACGCGGCCCCCGAGUGGAGCGGUGCGCGCGGGGCGCGGGCGGACGGCCCGAUCAGCGGAUCGGAUCGUGACGGGCUCAAGCGGACGGCGUGACAACAGCCCGUGCUACUACUAGAGCGGUGUAUUUAGCGAGAGUGUGUUGCUCACCGUGAUUCGUAUUGCAGUAAAUGUAUAGAGCGGAGUGGAAGAACCCAAUAAACUAGUUCUGAUGCGUUAUAAA